AAGCCGGGGAGAAUGAUGCAUGGGACGGACAAGGAUGUUGACUGCCCCUCACGGAACCAGUUUCAUGUAGUGUGGAAACAGGUGUCCGCUGUGGGUGACGCCUCCCCCAUCACAGGCGAUCAUCCACCUUAAUCAGAAGAUAUUUUUUUUGGUCAUUGCAUUCUGGAAUCUGACGUUCCCAAUGUCAUUAUCAAUAUGCCAACAAGCUGUUCUAGCGAACACAUAAAAAGGCUCUAAAGGAAGAUAUCAAAACAUCUUUCUAGCGCAUGCCCCGACCACUUUCGGAUCCGUUAAUUCCCGCGUAAAUUUCACCAUCAUCUCCCGUGAUCCAAUGCACGAUGCAGGAACUCAGACUUUGAGCCUGGAGCGCGCAUGCUCUGCUAUCAGAGAAUUACAAUCAAGCGGGAAAACGCCGAGAAUCAGAAGCUUCUGGUGAUCAACAGUUCAAAUGACUGAGCUCCGGCCACAGGUUUCAAGAGGGGUGGCAUGGAGGGAGAGGGAAAUCCUGGACCUUCUCUCGUUCUGGGGAGAGGAGAAAAUACAGGAUGCACUGAAGAAAAGUCAUAGAAAUAUAGACUACUUUGAGCGCAUCGCCGUUCAGAUGGCCUCCCGGGGACAUAAGAGGUCGGCGACAGAAUGCAGAUCCAAGACGAAAACAAUGAGGCUAGAAUAUAAGAAGGUGGUGGCACAUAACGGUAUCUCAGGAAAUGCUCCCAUAACCUGCCCAUAUUACAGGGAGCUGAACAGCAUUCUGCGGGGGGAUGCAAGCGUCAAACCGAGGCGUGUUGCAAGGAGCCUCUGUGUCGAGUCUGUGGCACAGCAUGUUCUCCCCAUGGUGCCCUGCUAUGACGGGUCAGAGGAGCUUUUCUCGCACGAUCUGAUAACCAUUGAUCGUGAGCAGGUUAGAAGUUCCACCCCCUCCCCCAGAGAUGGCGGUGUGGGGUUGGCACAGGCGGCACCAGAGAAUGAUCUAGAUGUCACAGUGGAUGGCCUCGCUGACUGUGAGGCGGAGGAACCGUGUCCUGAUGCUCAGGAGGAACCGCAGAGUGACGGCGACUCAAGCUCAUUGCAGCAAGGUGGCGGAAAGGAUUCCACAUCAACAUCCAUGGCUGAGGCUUCCCCAGGGUCACGCCUUGAACGUAUAAAGAGCAGAAGAUGGAGAAAUGCGGGAUUGUUUGCAGUCGCUGAUAAGAUGAUCAGUCAGUCAGGGGAGGAGCAUAAGGCCCAAAUUGCUGAAUGGCGCAUUGACAGGGAGGAAAGCGUAAGGUGGCAUGAUGAGGAAAAAAAAAUUCAAAAUGAUUUUAUUGAGGCAACACGUCAGGAGAGCAUAUACUUUAGGCGGGCGUGGGAUGAUAACCUUCAGGUCAUGCAGUCUGCUGUCCUGACACUGCAAACUCUUGGUGAAAUUCUGGUCAAUCAACAGAGGGCGAAAUCUCCAAAGGCAAAGGCCUUGCAGGAUACUGCCACAGAGAACAUUGCACCGCGUUUGGGUGUAGCCAAACGUGCCUGUGUUGGCCAUGCCAGAGCUAGACUGACUCUCUAGUGUUUCAUUGACAUUUCAGUACAGCACGCUAUCUUUGGCCUUCUUUCAUAUGUGUUGCAUGCUCCAAUCAUUUGGUGGCUGAUCGUUUUGUGUUUGUUGUGGGAAACAAAUUUAUCUUAUUACUGAAAAGUUAACCGGAAAUUAAAAUUGAAAAUGCAUCACAGCACCUUGUUUUGACCAACAAUGAACACAAUAAACUUUAUUGU